AUGCAUCAAAAUAUCCCAGAAAAAGAAAACGAUACUUUGAAAUCAGUAGAUUCUAGUGACAAUUUUAAAACAAUUUCACUAUCUGUAUCUUAUUCAUCAAAAUGCAUUCGAGUUGAAGAUAAUGAUAUAGAACAAACAAGUUAUGAAUCUAAUAUAGAAAAAGACAAUUCAAAUAAUCAAAAUCAUGAAAAAAAUGAAGAUUUAACCAAAAAUAAUAAGUAUCAAAAAAUUAUACAAAAUAACAAAAAAGGUAAAGAAAGUGUAAACCGAUCUUUACAAAGUUCUUUGAGAUCUCGAGACUUGAUGAAUACUAAUGAAGAAGAAAAAUAA